CACUUCCGACAGGGGUCACUGCAGAUGCUCAAAAAAAAUAUUGAUAGACGGGGAAAUCGGUUACAGAGUGAGAACUGUUCACAGAUUACUAUGAAUCAACUUAUUGAAGAAAUUUAUUGCAAAUUUUUACAGAUUGUAACAUGUGAAAACCCAGUGUAGGCCGUCUAUGACGGCAGAGUCGCAGUGGAAAGUGUUUUCAUUCACAGGUGGGAAAUUAUGAAUCGUUCUGAGCUCAGACAGCAAUGAUGACGGAAAGCAAAGAUUCUAAGGAAGAUGAUAGCAGUGUGCGAGUUGCACUCAGGAUCCGCCCCCAGCUGGCCAAGGAGAAGAUUGACAUGUGUCAAGUCUGCACCACCGUGGACGCCACUCAGGUCAUCAUGGGAAAAGACAAAAGUUUUACCUACGAUUACGUGUUUGACAUGCCGACAUUACAGGAAACUAUAUAUGGUGACUGCGUACGAGCUCUCAUUGAGGGGUGUUUUGAUGGCUACAAUGCGACAGUAUUCGCCUAUGGCCAGACGGGCUCGGGUAAGACGUACACAAUGGGGACAGGGUUUGAUGUGAAUCUCCCAGAGAAUGAAGUGGGGAUCAUUCCACGGGCUGUGGACCACCUGUUUAAGGGUAUUGAGGAGUGCAAACAGAAAGCCAAGGAAAAGAACAUCCCUCCUCCUGAUUUCAAAGUCAAUGCCCAGUUUAUUGAGCUGUAUAAUGAAGAAAUCCUAGAUUUAUUGGACAGUACAAGAGACCCAGAAUCACGGAUGAGGAAAUCCCAUAUAAAGAUCCAUGAGGAUGCUACUGGAGGAAUAUACAUGGUGGGCGUGGCAACACGACCUGUCCACUCCCUGCAAGAUACAAUGGAGUGUUUAAAGAAUGGUGCUCUAUCUCGUGCCACAGCCAGUACAAAUAUGAAUUCGCAGUCUUCCAGAUCUCAUGCUAUAUUUACACUACACAUCAAACAACAGAGAAUGGUUCAUGAUGAGAAUCUCAUGGAGGAGGGCAAGGAUUCGGAUGCCCUGAAUGAGUUUGAGACACUGACAGCUAAAUUCCACUUUGUGGAUCUUGCGGGGUCAGAGAGGUUAAAGAGAACAGGAGCCACGGGGGACAGGGCAAAGGAGGGAAUCUCUAUCAACUGUGGACUGCUUGCCUUAGGAAAUGUGAUCUCAGCUCUUGGAGACAAGGCCAAAAAAGGUUGUCAUGUUCCAUACAGGGACUCCAAGUUAACUCGAUUACUGCAGGACUCGCUGGGUGGAAACAGUCGGACACUGAUGAUUGCCUGUAUAUCCCCCUCAGACAGAGACUUUGUAGAGACACUAAACACUCUUAAGUACGCUAACCGAGCUCGUAACAUUAAGAAUAAGGUCAUAGCCAAUCAAGACAAGGCUUCUAAACAGAUGGCUGCCCUGAGAGCAGAAAUUAUAACACUUCAACAAGAACUUAAUGAAUACAAAACAGGAAAACGCAGGGUAGACGAAGAUGGAGUGGAGACAGUAAAUGAUAUGUUCCAUGAAAACACCAUGCUACAGACAGAGAAUGAUAAACUAAGACAGAGGAUCAAAGCCAUGCAUGAAACUGUAGAGAUGUUGACAAAACGGAACUCGGAUCUGUUGGCUGAAAAAGCAGUGCUGGGGGUGUAUAAUAUAUCUGAGGAUGCACGGGACAGUGAAGUAACAAAACUGAUAGAAAGUUAUGUCAAAGAAUUAGAAGAGCUCAGGGCCAAACUGUUGGAGGCUGAGCACACAGCUGAUCAGUUCAGGAGGAAAAAUGUGGCAUCGCGGAUGGGGAGCAGCAUGUCCCUCAUGAACGAGCCUGUGAGUCCAAUCUCACCAGGACACAUGAUGGGGAGUUUUAUGGGGUCAAUGACAGAAAGUAGGCUUUCUAUUAUAGAGGAGGCCAAACGAGAUGUCAGUCGAAUGAAAAAGCUGAAAAAAAUGAAGAAGAAAAUGUACUCAAAAACAAGUGAAAAAGAGGACAAUUUUGAUGAUGAAAAGGAUCAAAAUGAGGCAGAACAGAAUGGAGAAGAGAUGAAUGAAGAAGAAGGAGCAGAUAAUGAAGAGGAAGAAAAUACUGAGGACAUCAACGAAGAAGAUGAGGAGGAUAGAUUAAGUGCAGAUCUAAAUGGAGAUGAUGAAGAGGAUGAUGACAUGGAAGAAGAGCUAGAAAAUCUGUCUUCAUCAGAUUCAGACUCAGAUACUGAUGAUAAAGAUUCAGAUAACAUACAUGAAGACCUAGCGGAGCUUACGUGUAGUAUAUCUAUAAAACAGAGGUUGGUGGAGGAGCUGGAACAGGCUCAGAAGCAGGUCCAGGCGGUCCGCCACCAGUACGAGGAAAAAGUCCGACAAUUACAGUCCCAAAUCCGAGCCACAGAGGAGGAGCGAGACAAGGUCCUGUCUAACAUCAGCAGUGUAGAGAGCGAGUCCAUGGGGAAGGUCAAAAAGGUCAAGGAGGAGUACGAGAAAAGACUGGCAGCCCUCCAGAAUGACCUGAAGAAGACAGAGCAAGCCAAGCGUGACUACGCCCGCAUGCAGAAGCAGUCCUCAUAUCAUGAAAAACAGUUGAAGACCCUGCAGCAUGAUUUGGCUGAAAUGAAGAAAACUAAGGUGAAGUUAAUGAAGCAGGUCAAGGAAGAACUAGAGAAAGGUAAAGCUGUGGAGGCCCGGCGAACCAGGGAAGUGGCUCAGUUACGUAAGGACCAGGUACGCAAAGAAAACAUGAUCCGCAACCUGGAGAAGGAGAAACGUCAGAAAGAGGCUGUACUCAAACGCAAACAAGAGGAGUUGAAUGCCAGCAUAGAAAAAAUCACAAGAGAGGUUGAAGCUCUGAGAAGAAAAGAGAAAAAACCAAUGUCAUCCAUGGCUGCUGGCAGAAUAGCCAAAUAUGACCGUCCUAAAACCAUACCAGUGGCUCCAUUUACUUCAUCACCUCGUAGAAAGAAGCGUUCAGAGUUCAGUGCCAAAGCCGCCAAACAGAAGUGGGAUACACUGGAGAAAAAGAUUUCUAAUGUGAUAACUAAAAAACAGACCAUCAUCAACAUGGAGAAAGAUAUGGAUAUCUGGUUAAAGGAAAGAGAGAGUGUCUGCAAGAAGCUUGACAAAUUCUGCAGAAAAAGAGAUAUAGCCAUUAAAGAGGGCAAAGAUGACUCAGUGAUUGGAGAACUGAACUGUGUGAUAGGAAUGCUGCAGGGACAAGUUCAGUAUACACAGGAAUACAUCUCCGAGUGUCAGUCACAGAUCAUGCAGAUUGAGGAAGCCAAGGCAAAUAAUGAAGGAUUUGAUACCACAGAUUUGUUCAAUAACUGCUCCUUAGAGGAAACCAGAUAUUUACUGGAACACUUCAUACAGACUUCCAUAGGAAGGGGCCUAGCUCUAUCCCAGAAGGAGAAUGAGUUGAAGGAGAUCAGAGAGAUGCUUCACCAGACUGAGUUAAACAACACUUUACAACAGGAUCUGCUCAAGCACAUGAUAAAUGACCAAGUGGGCAUUGAAGUGGACAAUUUGAUGACCAAUGCUGCUGAUGAUAUGGAAUCCUCUGAGGAGUCUGCCUCGUCCUCACCUGCGGACAGAGCGAGCAACAAACCCAAUAUAACUGACCGUUCUGCAAACUUUGAAAAUUUAAUUAGCAUGUUUGAGAACACUUCUGAGGUUUCUUCCAAUGCAGUUAACAGUACUGUCAGUGUACCCGCAGCAGAGCCCCCUGUUAGGGGAAAUAAGGUCAGAAGGAAAACCCCUUUACCCCAAGAGCUACUGUAUGCUGAUGGAAGUGUCACGCCUCUUUUACCUCUGCCAGAAACUCCUGAAGAGGACGAGGGGAAUUCCCCCAGAAAAGAACCCCCAGAAGUCCCUCCCAAACCCAUUAGGAAGCAAGCUUCACAGGGGGUAGACAGCCAGCUGAUGCCACCCCCCAGAACCACAGGGAUGAUGAAAAUGUCUUCAUCCUCCAAUCUGUCAAAGAUUGGUAUUGAAUCAGCCCCGAAGCCUGUCCGCCCAGACCCCGGUCCCUCCCCCCGAUUUCAGAGGAAGGACUACACCAAGCCUAGUCCUGAACCCUCUCCUGUGUUCCGACGGAAAAACAACAGUUCUUCCAGCCUCAUAUCCAGAUCUAGCUCUAUAGAUGCUACCUCCUCUGAUACCACCCCUCCCUCCUCCCCCACGCUGUCUCGACGGGCCAGAGACCGACCCACAGAUGACAAUGUGUUCUCAAGACUUACAAGCAAUACAAAGCCACCUACUCUACAACCACCAAACAGAGGGCAGAUUGUUCCAAACACUGGGAAAGUGCCCCCUAGUAAGACUGCCCCAGUAGUGUGUACACAUACAGCUGAGGGACACAGUAAGGCAGUACUAUCACUAGAUGCCACAGAGGACCUUCUUUUCACCAGCAGUAAAGACCGCACUGCCAAAACAUGGGACCUACACACGGGGAAAGAAGUUGCAUCAUAUACAGGUCACCCUAACAACGUGGUGUGUGUGAGAUACUGCCCACAGUCUAAGUUAUUAUUUACUGUAUCUCAGUCGUAUGUCAGUGUGUGGGACACCAGGAGCUCAACCAAACAGUGCAUCAAAACUCUCAGUUCUUCUGGAUUAACCCAUGAUGGAUGUGUAAACUUUGGAUCCACCCGUCAGAUUGAGCUAGCUCCAGGAGAGCACCACAUUAAUGACAUAGCCUUAAAUGAAGAUGGAACAGCUCUGUACAGUGCUGCUGGGAACGUGGUCAGAGUGUGGGACCUAAAGAGUUUUUGUGCUAUUGGCAAAUUGAACGGAGGUCACCAGGCCGCUGUAAUGGCUAUAGCAGUGGACAGAUGGGAGAAAAACGAUAUUGUCCUCACUGGAUCAAAGGACCACUACAUCAAGAUGUUUGAGGUAGUUGAGGAGAGGGCAGGUAUAAUGACCCCUAAGUAUAACCUAGAACCCCCCCACUAUGAUGGUAUCCAGGCAUUAUGUAUACACGAGGAUACCCUGUUUAGUGGAUCCAGGGACAUGUGCAUCAAGAAGUGGGACCUGUCCACACAGCAGCUCAAACAUUCUCUGAACUCUGCUCAUAAGGACUGGAUAUGUGCUCUGAAAUUCAUGCCAGGAAACAACAUUCUGUUCAGUGGUUGUCGAGGAGGGUUCCUUAAAUUGUGGAAUAUAGAAAACUGUAACCAGCUGGGAGAAAUCAAGGCUCACAGUAGUCCCAUAAACGCCAUAGCAACCAACUCCUCCGCCAUCUUCACAGCAUCAAAUGAAACUGAAGUGAAAUUCUGGCAGUACCGGAAAAUACAGUCAUUGACCACACUGUGGGAAUCUGGGGCAUCAAAUCAGGAACCGACGUCAAUGAAAACGGGGAGAAUAUGGAGUAGACCCGGCAAUAAGUUUGGUAACAAGACCCGGGUCUGAAAUCAACCUCAUCAAGUCUCAACAAUAAGUUUGGUAACAAGACCCGGGUCUGAAAUCAACCUCAUCAAGUCUCAACAAUAAGUUUGGUAACAAGACCCGGGUCUGAAAUCAACCUCAUCAAGUCUCAACAAUAAGUUUGGUAAGAACCCGGGUCUGAAAUCAACCUCAUCAAGUCUCAACAAUAAGAUCGGUAACAAGUCCCAGAAAGCAACCUCAACAAUAAGUUUGGUAAUGAGUCCUGUGUCUGAAAGCAACCUCGUCAAGCCUCAACAAUAAGUUUGGUAAUGAUUCCCGGGUCUGAAAGACACCUCAUUAAGCCUCAACAAUAAGUUUGGUAAUGAUUCCCGGGUCUGAAAGACACCUCAUUAAGCCUCAACAACAAGUUUUUUAACAAGUCCCAGAAAGCAAACUCAUCAAGCCUCAACAUUGAAAUUCCAUCUCCUUACAUACAAACUGUGUCGGAAACAUAAAAUGAUGAUAUUUUGAUAAUAUCAGAGAAUGAAGACUUUCUACACCUAUUGAAAGAAAUAAUAAUACAUCACUAUAAGUCUGUAAAGAUUUUUAAAGACAUGGCAAAAUGUACUUCAGGAUGACUUCAUAAACACAGGAUCAAACCAAGGAAAACUAUUUAUUGUUUACAAUGUUCUGAAGGAAACCAGAAAUUUUUUUUUUAUUAAUGUUGGAAAGUUUUAUCUUGAUGUGUUAAAUAUGGAGACAUUGUAAAUUGUUGUUCUGUUGUUAAAUUGCUAUGGUUGUGAUCAGAUUUUUGCCACAGCUUUAAGCAUGCCUAUGGUGCAGUUAGCUAAGCUUUACAGUUGUAAGUACAUGUAAAUGUAUUAAUGUGUUUAUGGACACUCAAAGAUAAAAUAAAUGGUGCAAACAACUUAUGUGACCUGCCAACAGAUUCUGUAUUUUGUCUUAAGAGUUCAAUGUCUAAGUAAUGUUGACUCUGAAUACCGUAUUGAAUCUGUUUUAGUGAGAUUUGUAUUAUAUGACCAGAAAUGGAGUUUUUCUAAAUGUUCGUGAAAGUCUUCCAGAUAGGAAUUAAUUGUCUUGUUCUUAGAUGGUCUGUGAACUGAUAAAAUAAAUCAUGCAUAAAUUAACUGCUAGUGCAGGGGACCAAUUUAAAAUUAUGAUCAUUUAUAGCCAUUGAGUUUUUGUUUCAUUUUGUUAUUUUGCUCAUUUUGAUAUUAUACGUAACAUAGAAUUCUAAAUAAAGGAAAUUGAAAAUGGCAUGAUCUACAAGCAUUUUCCCAGUUUUUCCAUAGAUCUCCGAGUAUUUCUAUUUAUAAUAAUAAAUUCCACUGCUUUUCGGUGUACCGGGGGUAUAUGGUAGCUGGCAGUGCCUUUGUAAAGCUACUAUUUAAAAUGAAAAUUGUCUGUUGCUUUAUAUGUAAAAUAUUUAUGUUUGUUCAAAUGAUAUUUAAAAUUUGUGUUUCAUUUUCAAAUCUCAUUAUGCCAUUUUAAUAUGUUGUGUAUCGGUAACAUUCCUUCAUGUAUCAAUUUAUAUAUUAAUCUUAUGUUACUUGUAUCUUCAUACUUGUAAUAUUCUUAAAGUAUGAUUUUUGCUUUGUUUUUACAAUUUUGUAAUUCUGUGUACAUUUUUUUUCUUAAUUUAUUCUUGCAAGACGCAUUGCGUGAUAACCUUUGUUUUGUCAACGUGAACAAAUAGAAGCUGAUCUCACAAUAGGAAAGAAUGCAUAUGUUGUUGAUCUUUAAGGCCACUGUGUCAAGUCUCUAUAGAUAUAUGUACAUGAAUUUAGCUACGAGUUUCACAGAGUCAAAAUUUUCAAGUUUUCUUAACUCACCAUGUAAGGCUUUUUUUUUUAAUCAAAAAAGAAUUAAAUUCUGUAUAUUUUGCCUCAUUUGUAUACUUAUUAUUUAAAAAUAUAUUUUUAUCUGUUGGUCUCUCUGAUUAAGUCUCACAAAGUUAGGAAAGCAAUUUUUUCCGGAAUGAAAUGUGUUGGUUUUCAAAUUAAUAUGUGUUUAGUUAACUCAGAUCUGAUACUGUAACAGACAUAAUUAAGUUUUAAUAUAACCAGUGUUAUUGUAAUUCAUUCCAUUUCAUAAUAUUAUAUGUUAAUAUGCACACAGCAUCUCUGAAGAACAAAUAUAAGAUAUAAUUUAUGGUUUAAGUUGGUACAAGGUUUAUUUUUGUUUAGGAGAGAAGCCUAGAACAGUACUUUACUGGGUAAUAGAAACUUUAGUUGUCUCAUUUCUGACAGUGUAUUAGAAUUAGAAGUAGACUGUGUUUAGUUAGACUGUCUCAGUUUGUUUAUAAGUCUUAUUUGUUACCAAAGUGUCACCCCUUAUAUUGGGAGGGUUAUGAAACUUUGAUCUUAUUUCAGGGAAUUGUUUCACACUUAGAACAUGUACUUGUUAUUGCUUGAUCCAUUGUCAUUUUGAAAUGUUUGCUUGCUAAUAAGUAACAUAACUAAAUAAAUAUUUUAUAUUUCA